UGGAUGUUGGUGUAAAUGUCAGUGUGAAGCCAAAGGCUCAGAACCACACGACAAUAACUUUUCUAUUCAAUAGAAUUUGGACAUUUGAGUUUCCUAAAUCACUGUUAUUUGUGAAAUGUUUUUUAAUCAUAAAACUAGCUAUAGCUAGUAUUAUUUUUCUUAUUUUACUGUAGCUAAAUUAAUAGGUCUUAUGUUUUAUAAGAGCCAGAGAGGUUCUCUCUGAAGAAGCUGGCUAAUUCAGCUUUACUCAAUGCGGGGAAGAUGGCGGCGGUUUUAGAAAGGAGUUUCAUAGAAAUAAGUGGGUUUGAGAGGGAAACCCUACCAACAUUCCCGGGGGAAAUAACUGUAAACCUAGAUCUGAAUGCUCUGCCUGGCAGUGUGGUAUACCCAGACAGCGCAGGAGGCUUUCACUAUGAGGAAAGUGGAAAACUCAUGUCCAUCACUAGCAACAGAUUCAUACACUGGUCUACCUCCGGGGACACAGUGCAGCUGGUGGAGCAGUCUCUGGACACCAACCUACUGAACAAUGCUGUUAAACUCAAGAUCACACACUGCCCUCUGUUGCCCGGAGGCGUACACGUCCAGGAGACUCUCCACAAUGUCACCAUCCUCAUCGUCACCAACCAGACUGUGCACCGGCUGGUGCUGCCACACCCCACACGCAUGUACCGCAGCGAGCUGGUGACAGAGCUCCAGAUGCAGUCCAUAUUUACAGACGUGGGGAAAAUGAGUCUGCAGGACCCUGCCCACAGCGCAGUCAUCCCUAGCACUGUGGGCCAGACAGUAGGCCCCACCGCCUCAGCAGCCUGGCUCAGCCACCAGGGAGAGGCCCAUUACGCCCUUGCAUCACCUGCAGGGGGUAUCCUGGUCGUCACACUGCCCCCACACGACACACAGGCCAGCUUGACCAUUCUGGAGCUGAAGACAAGCUCUGUGAUGCAGAGACUGGCUGGCUGGAUGCCAACUGCCAUCAGAGGUGAGCAGAGCCCUGGGGACCUGGCCCUGAGUCUGGCAGUAAGGGAACUGGAGGACGACACCUUCAUCUUGGCUCUGUGUCAGGACCAUAAACUACGCAUGUGGUCCUAUAGGGACCAGGCAUGUCUGAUGGAGGCUGACAUGUUGGAAUACAUGCCAGCGUGCCGGGGGGUGAAGCGUUCCCCAGGACAGGGCCAUCGGCUGCGGCUAGCCUUCUCCUCCACGGGGCUGUGUCUGGCCAUCUACCUGGCCGUACCUUCCAGGGGACAGUUCACUGUGCUGCAGCUGGUGGCCACAGACAACAACCGCUACAGCCUGGACCACAUCUCCUCACUGUUCGCCACACAGGAGACACUGGUGGACUUUGCUCUCACUUCUACGGACAUCUGGGGCCUGUGGCUGGACGAUACCAACCAAACCGUGGUGAAAUACAUCAACUUUGAACAUUCCAUGGCAGGUCAGUGGAACCAGGUGUUUGUGCAGCCUGGCCCUGAGGAAGAGGUCCACAUUGGAGCAGACCAGGACCCCAGGGAGACCUACCUGGACGUGCUCUUCUCCCCCCUGAGAUUCACUGCCUCUGCUAUAGUCAAAGCCCUACAGAUUUACAGGAGAGGCACAGAGCAAAGCACUGAUCUCCCCUGGGAGACCCUCAAGAAAGAGGUGACGGUGGCUGUGGAGAAGGAGCUGCAGAGCAGUGUAACAGAGUUUGAGUUCAGCCAGGAGGAGUACAGGCAGCUACAGGUGGAGUUCUGGUCCAAGUUCUAUGCCUGCUGUCUACAGUACCAGGAGGCUCUGGCCACACCACUGGGCCUGCUGCUCAACCCACAUACACACAUGGUCUGUGUGCUGAAGAAGGGCUUUGUGUCAUUCCUGGUGCCCUGCUUUGCUGUGGAGCACCUGUACCUGUCUUUUGAUGAGUACCUGUUCUCAGAGGAAGAGACACCCGUGGCUGAGAACCCGGAGGUUUGUCGUGACGUGCUGCAGCUGGUGCAGUGUCUGAGGCUGGUGAGUGACGCGGUGCCGGGGGACAUGGCCUACGAGAUGGAGAAAGCCCUGGAACAUCUCCAGUCACCUGAGAGGGCUGCGGAGAUGGUGCUGGAGAACUUACUGGCCAACGACAAUGAGAAUGUGAUGGAGGACAUCCAUAACAAACUACAGGACGUCCGUAACCCUUUGGCAGCCAUGGCUGUGCUGAUCAGAGAGAUGGACCUGGAGACUGACUCGGAGCCAGUUGGAGAGGGGUCUCUCACCAUAGCAGGCCAGUCCCUGUCGUGGCGGAUCAGUCUGUCCCAACUGUAUGGUAGCAGUGUGGCGGUGGCUGUGGUGUGUCAGGCUGUCUGUCAGAUGGCCAUGACCAGAACCUUGUUCUGUAGGGACCUGCUCAUACUGCAGCAGCUCUACCUACGUCUAGGAGACAAUGUGUUCCCGGGUGGAGGGCCUCAGCUGCUCCAGCUACAACAGGACCUGAUCCCCCGCUCCUCUCAGCUUCUCUCCUCCUACUAUCUCCUCAAACACAUCACCCAGAGCUUGACCACCACCGUGCCUCUUGACAUCAUAGAUGCCAACCUGCAGCACCUGUCAGUCCUGGAGCUGACUGAUUCUCCAGCUAUGGCCAGCAACAGAUCAGUCCGGAGCCCCCAGACGGUGGUGGAGCUGUUCUACCAGAGCGUAGCGCGGAAGGCCAUCAUUACACAAAUCUACUCCAAGCAGCACAGCCCCUCCCCGGGCACAGCCCUGCUCCACUGGCCCCACAUGGUCUCCAGCGUGGUCACCCUGCUGGCUCAGCAACUCUGGCCCAACAACCUUAGCUUCCAGUUCCCUGAGUGUCUGAUGGGCAACUGCCAGUAUGCACAACUACAGGAGUAUGUGCGUCUCAUUGGGCCGUGGUGUCAGGUUAACGUGGGCUCCUGCCGCUUCAUGCUGGGCCAAUGUUACCUGGCCAACGGAGAGGGACAGAAGGCACUGCGGUGUUUCCAGGAGGCGGCGGUGGAGGUGGAGAGGGAGGAGUUUCUUCUGAGAUUGACAGGAGCCGAGGAGGAAGCUGCGGCUGCACCGAGACUACAGUACUACAACAAGGUGCUGCGGUUGCUGGAGGACGUUGGUCUGCCAGAGCUGGUCAUCCAUCUAGCCACUCUGGCUAUCACGGAGGCCGUCAACGACCCCAGGAGUCAGGCUGCCCUGUGGACCCACAUCUUCAAGCAUCACCUGGACCUAGGACACAACAGCCAAGCCUACGAAGCCCUCACACAGAACCCUGACUCCAGCAGCCAGUUAGACUGUUUGCGUCAGCUUGUUGUGGUUCUGUGUGAGCAUUCUCAACUUCAGGACCUGGUCCAGUUCUCCUACGUCAACCUGCACGAUGAGGUGGUCAGCAUCAUAGAGUCCAGAGCCAGAGCAGUUGACCUGAUGUCCCACAACUACUACGAGCUGCUCUACGCCUUCCACAUCAACAGACACAACUACAGGAAAGCGGGUACGGUGAUGUUUGAGUACGGCAUGCGUCUGGGCCGGGAGGUGAGGACACAGCUGGGUCUACAGAAACAGGUCAACUGUUGCCUGGCCUCCCUCAACUGUCUACGGCUCAUCAGAUCUGACUAUGCCUGGAUUGUCCAACCCACCUCUGGAGCGGUGUAUGAGAGGCCCGCUGCAUCACCAAAGAGGAACUACGAUGGAGAGUUUACUACUGGUCCAGUGAGUGGUCAGAUGGACAUCCUGGAGCUGAAGGACCUUCAGAAGGAGUACGCCCUUGCCCGUAGCCGCCUCACCCUGGCUCAGCAUCACCCACCUUCUGCUGCCAUUGCAGGCAGCACCUCUGCAGUGGAGAUGGUAUCUCUACUGGUCCAAUCGGGACUGUUCGACUGUGCCCUCUCUCUCUGCCAGACCUUCAAACUCUCCCUCACUUCAGUCUUCGAGGGACUUGCCUUCAAGUGUAUAAAGUUACAGUACGGUGGAGAGGAGAAUCAGAAUGAAGCAUGGAACUGGCUGGCUGCCAAUCAGCUGUGUACCAUCACAACCAAAGAAUCAAGUGCGACAGAUGAGGCGUGGCGACUUCUGGCCUCUUACCUGGAGAAGCAUCCUACUCAGAAUGCUCAGCACCAUCGCUGUGUCAUCAACAGGCUGCUGUCACACGGUGUACCGCUGCCCAACUGGCUGGUCAACGCCUACAAGGGGGUGGAUGCUGCAGCGUUGUUACGGCUCUACCUGAACUACGACCUGCUGGAGACAGCAGCUGAGCUGGUGUUGGAGUAUGUAGAUGCCCUCCUGGGGAAGGGACACCAGUACUUUGGCAUUGAGAGGCCCCUCUCAGCCACAGCGCCGUUGGUGUGGCUCCCAUACACAUCCAUCGACCAGCUCCUCCAGUCGCUCAACGAGACCCAGACCAACGCCAGAAUGUACAAGAAACUGCAGGACAAGCUGAAUGACUACCACAAACUGGUGGACCAGACGACGAGGAGAAGGCUCCAGGCCCAGUAGAAGCACCGUCUGUCAGUCAAAACACAGUACUGCUUGCAUCCAGAUUCUACUCUGCUACCAAAGUGUGCACUUGCACACUCAGUCAUGGAUUUCAAAGCAUUGGAUUGGUGUAAGAAUUGGCUGGGGGAUGUUUCCGCCAUUGCUAAUUCCAUGACGGGGAAGAUGGAGGUGCACACUUUAUGAGGUGGGUGGAGAAUCGGGUACAGCCUGGCCCCACUGCCCCUCCAGGUGCUGUCUCACUAUGGCCAUGACUCUCUGGAACACAAAACCGACUCAAUGGAAGAAGGGAAAUACAUGCAUUUUUGUAUAAGGGUAAAUUAAACUGACUUAUUCUUAUGCACUUCGCCAGAUUGUUUUGUGCCAGACAUUUUGUGUUGUCUAAUUUCAGGCUAACGUUGAGUGAGGGCUCAAGAAUAUGGAAAAGAGGAAUGGGGGAAAAGUGUCCGUCUUACCUGCUUGUUGCAUUUACAUCUACUGUAUACACUCACUGGCCAGUUUACUAGGUACACCCAUCUAGUACUGGGUCAGACCACUCUUUGCAUCCAGAACAGCCUGAAUUCUUUGGGCAUGGAUUCUACAAGGUUUUAAAUGUUUGUUGCUCAGUUGGUAUCAAGGGACCUAACGUGUGCCAGGAAAACAUUCCCCACACUAGUACACCACUGCCAGCAGGAUGGGUCCAUGGAUUAAUACUGUUUACGCCAAAUCUUGACUGCCGUCAGCAUGAUGCAACGGGAACCAGGAUUAUUUUUAGUGCCCAGUUGAUAGGAGUGGGCGUCUGCUGCAAUAGCCCACCUGUGACUAGAAUCGACGAGUCGUGCGUUCAGAGAUGCAACGUUAUGUCUGUUUGUGGCCCUCCUGUUAGCUUGCACGAUUCUUGCCAUUCUCCUUCGACAUGUCUCAUCAACAACCUGUUUUUCACCCACAGGCAGGACUGCUGCUGACUGGAUGCUUUUUUGUUUGUUGCACCAUUCUCGGUAAACCCUAGACCCUGUCGUGUGUGUGAAAAGCCCAGGAGGUUGGCAGGUACUGAGAUACUGGAUCCGGCAUGCCUGGCACCAAUGGUCAUACUACGCUCAGUCACCUAGGUCACUUGUUUUUUUUGCCCAUUCUAACGUUAAAUCGAACAGUAACUGAAUGCGUUGAUGCCCUCUGUGCCUGCUUAAUAUAGCAAGUCACGUGACUGGCUUUAGGAGCAAUCCAUUUUUGUGAACGGGUGGUGUACCUAAUAAACUGGCUGUUGAGUGUGAGUUCAACUAACAAUUUUAGGCCUCCCGGGUGGCACAGUGGUCUAGGGCACUGCAUCGCAGCGUUAGCUGCACAGGUUAACCUACCCUUAUCAAGCCGGGUAUUUUUUUAUGCAACUUUUCACAUUUACCUGUUGUUGACGAAGCCGUCUGUGUCAGAGGCCUUAUGAUGGCGUGGCCUUUUCAUUGGAGUCGAGGGAUACAACGGAGGUGUCACAAGGGUAGUUGUGAGGUAUUCUGAGGUCAUAACUGACAACCUUUGAAAAUAGCAAGGAAAUUGUUUUUGGCGGUCACUAAACCAUUGCUGGACAUUUUAUGAUACUAUCUUUUCUCCUUCUGGUAGGUCCCAGCGUCUGUUCAUAACCAGGGGAUCAGUCUGGUACUUUGUCUUAAAUAAAAACUUGGUCAACAAUUGUCA